AUGGCAUGUGAUUUUUCUAGUGAAUUGUUGUGUAAGCGUAAGGGUACCAGGGAGGCUAGGCUUUCAACCAAGAUUUUGUGGGUGAGGAGGAUCAGAGUUCUUAGGAGGUUACUCCGUAAGUACCGAGAGUCAAAGAAGAUUGACAAGCACAUGUACCAUGACAUGUACAUGAAGGUCAAGGGUAAUGUGUUCAAAAACAAGAGAGUAUUGAUGGAGAGCAUCCACAAGACUAAGGCUGAGAAGGCUAGAGACAAGACCUUGUCUGACCAAUUUGAGGCUAAACGUGCCAAGAACAAGGCUAGCAAGGAGAGGAAAUUGGCCAGAAGAGAGGAGCGUUUGGCACUGGAGUUUAGUGACAUGACAACCAUCAAAGCAGAGGAUAUUUUGUCUACUCUCCAAAGUCUGGAACUGAUCCAGUAUCGCAAAGGGCAACAUGUCAUAUGUGAACCUAUUAGCUCAAUUGGUAGAGCACUAUGA